AUGUCAUCUGUUAAAGUUGCUGUUAGAGUGCGUCCAUUUAACAGUCGAGAAAUUAGUAAUAAUGCGAAAAUAAUUAUUGCUAUGGCUGAAAAUACCACAACAAUAAUCGGUGGAAGUGCUCCGGAACGAACACAUAGUUUCAACUUUGAUUAUUCUUAUUGGUCAUUCAAUAAAGAUGAUCCUAAUUUUGCAAGUCAACAACAAGUUUACCAGGAUCUCGGUGUUGAAAUGUUGGAUCAUGCAUUCGAAGGAUAUAACGUCUGCAUAUUUGCAUAUGGACAAACGGGUAGUGGUAAAAGUUACACAAUGAUGGGUAAACCAAAUGAUGAAGCUGAAAUGGGUAUUAUACCACGUUUGUGUAAUCAUUUAUUUCAAAAAAUUCAUGGUAAUCUGGAUUUCAAUUUGAAAUAUUCAGUUGAAGUAUCAUAUAUGGAGAUAUAUUGUGAAAGAGUUCGAGAUUUAUUGAAUCCAUCGAAUGGAGGGAAUCUUCGUGUACGAGAACAUCCUCUCCUUGGACCCUAUGUUGAUGAUCUUACCAAAUUAGCUGUAUGCUCCUAUCAAGAUAUUUGCGAUUUAAUGGAUGAAGGAAACAAAGCGAGAACUGUAGCUGCAACAAAUAUGAAUUCAACGUCAAGUCGUUCCCAUGCUGUCUUCACAAUUGUUCUCACGCAGAGAAAGCAUGAUCCGGAUGCAGAUUUGGAUUGUGAAAAGGUCAGCAAGAUUUCAUUAGUUGACUUAGCUGGAAGUGAACGAGCCACAUCAACGGGUGCUGAGGGUCAGCGCUUAAAAGAGGGUGCCAAUAUCAACAAAAGUUUAACAACGCUUGGUCUUGUUAUCUCAAAAUUGGCUGAAGAUGCAGGUAGAAAGAAAAGUAAAUCUAAAUCAGUGAUACCAUAUCGUGAUUCGGUACUGACUUGGCUGUUGCGAGAAAAUCUCGGGGGAAAUUCGAAAACUGCGAUGAUUGCUGCAUUAUCACCUGCGGACAUUAAUUUCGACGAAACGCUAAGUACAUUGAGGUAUGCGGAUCGAGCUAAACAAAUUGUAUGUCAAGCAAAAGUAAACGAAGAUCCGAAUGCGAAAUUGAUUCGUGAAUUAAAGGAGGAGGUAUUGAAACUUCGAAGUUUGCUUGAAUUAAAAGGUAUCGAUAGCGAUGAUCCACAAAAUGAAAAAGCUGUCUAUUCGGCUAGAGAUCAUGAUACUAUUGAACAGCUGAAAGCAUCUGAAAAACUUAUUGCUGAACUGAAUGAAACCUGGGAGGAAAAACUGCGCAAAACCGAUGAAAUUCGUAAACAGCGGGAGGAUGAGCUCCGUGAAAUGGGUUUAGCCACCGGUGCUGAUGGUACCACUCUUGGAGUUUUUUCGCCAAAAAAAUUUCCGCAUUUGGUAAAUUUGAAUGAAGAUCCUCUUAUGUCGGAAUGUUUGCUUUAUUAUUUGAAAGAGGGAAUAACAAGAGUUGGACGACCGGAAGCAUCUCAUCGUCCGGAUAUUCUUCUGAGUGGUCAGCUUAUUCUUGACGAGCACUGUCGUUUCUUGAACGAAGAUGGAGUAGUGCAUUUGAUUCCGGAACCCAAUGCGCUAUGUUUCGUGAACGGCAAACCAGUUACCUCGUCGGAAGUGUUACAUACAGGUUCUCGCGUAAUACUUGGCAAAUAUCAUGUAUUUCGGUAUAAUGAUCCAAUUGAAGCCCGUCAAAGUCGACAAAAUCUAACAAAUUUGAUGCCUAGUGAAACGCUAGAUUGGAAAUACGCUCAACAAGAAUUAUUAGAGAAACAAGGUAUCGAUUUGAAAGCCGAAAUGGAGAAAAAAAUGUUAGAAAUGGAAUCACAAUAUCGCCGGGAGCGUGAAGAAUUGGAAGUAAAAAUGAUGCGACAAACAAAGGAAUACGAAAUGCGUAUCGAAACGUUACAGCGACAAGUUGAUUUAGCACAGAGUAUGAUCUCAUCUACAUGUUCCACGUGGGAUGGCGAACGUUUUCUUACAAGCAGCUUGCUCAAUUUCGUAGCUGAGCCAGAAUGUAAAUGGACGCCAGAGGAGGAACGAAUUGCUCGUUGUACAGCAACAAAAUGGCGCUAUCAUCAGUUUACUUCGGUUCGAGAUGAUUUGUGGGGCAAUGCAAUUUUCCUAAAAGAAGCGAAUGCUAUUUCUGUUGAAUUACGAAAAAAGGUACAAUUCCAAUUUGUUCUGCUAACAGAUACAAUGUACAGUCCAUUACCACCAGAUCUACUUUCACCUGGCGAAGAUUUGUCCUUACGUCCGUAUCCAAAAACAGUUGUUGCGGUGCAGGUGCAAGAUUUGAAAAAUGGUGCAAUGCAUUAUUGGAGUAUCGAUAAAUUGAAAAUGAGAUUGGAAGGUAUGCGUCGCUCCUACAACGCCGACAUAAGUGAUGCGUGUACACCGGAUAGUCCUGAAGAGGAACAACAUCAAUGUUGGCUUAGUGCUAUGCAGUUCAAUCCUGCGAGACUAAUACCUGACAGGCAACGUUUGGAAUCGAUGCGUGAAAUGUAUCACAUGGAAGAGGGAUAUAGUCCGGAAAGUCCAGAAGAUCCAAUGAUGGAUGCACUAAUGGGUACCGAUCCAUUCUAUGAUCGUUUCCCCUGGUUCCGAAUGAUUGGAAGGGCUUUCGUUUACCUAAAUAAUCUAGUCCACAAUGUACCGCUUGUGCAUAAAGUUGUAAUUGUUAAUGAAAGAGCCGAAGUUAAAGGUCAUCUUCGUGUUGCUAUAGAGCCUGUUUCGGAUGAUGAGAUAAAACCAUCAAAAGGUGUUAACCAGUCGAUAAAGUGUCACUUCCGCAAGGAAGACUUCACGAAAAGAGUUCAAUCAACGACUACAACAUUAGAAUCUACAAAUGAACGUUUCGUAGAAGGUAUUAACACAAAAGAUGGUGAUAUGCAACAAAUGAUCGAAAAAGUCGACGAGGAAGUUGUACAGCAUCCAAAGCAUAUGCAAGUUGAUACGGAAUAUUGUUUUCGUAUUACUAUUAUUGAAGCGUCUGACAUCUCCGAACAAUACACUGAUGUAUUUUGCCAAUUCAAUUUUUUGCAUCGUCAUGAUGAAGCAUUUUCGACGGAACCAAUGAAAAACACAGCAAAAACUCCAUUAACUUUUGGCCAUGUUCAAAAUAUUCGAGUGGCCAUGUCACCAACAUUUCUACAUUACGUCAAUCAUUUUCCUAUCAUAUUUGAAAUUUUUGGUCAUUAUAAGCCAUCAGUGCAACAAUUUGUUUAUGAACGUCAAAACAGUUCUCUUGGGCGGCGAUUAUCAACAAAAUUAUCGUUCCAGCAACCGUCGUUAUUAAUUGCAACACCUGUUAGGAGCAGAAAAUCCACCAUCAUCCCAAACAAUUUGAAUCAAGUUCGAUCAAAAUAUGAUCUACUUGUGUGGUUCGAAAUUUGUGAACUCGGAAGCAAUGGCGAAUAUGUUCCAGCAACUGUCGACCAUGCCCAGGGUCUAUUAACUCAUGGCAUAUUUCUGCUCCAUCAGGGAAUCCAACGUCGAUUGAAAAUUACAAUAUGUCACGAAAAAGGCGAUGAUGUAAAGUGGAAAGACUGUCAAGAAUUGGUAGUUGGUCGGAUAAGAUCUACGCCAGAAUGGAGUGGUGAAGAUGUGGACGUAUUAUCUUUAGGAUUGUUUCCAGGGACAUUCCUAGAAUUCUCAAUGGAUGAUAGAGUAUUCUUUCAAUUUGAAGCAGCUUGGGACAGUUCACUACAUAAUUCCCCACUUCUUAAUAAAGUAUCAAAUUACGGUGAACAAGUGUAUAUGACAUUAUCCGCCUAUAUGGAACUGGAGAAUUGUAUCCAACCAGCAGUGAUAACAAAAGAUCUAUGCAUGAUGAUUUAUGCCAGAGAUUCGAAAAUCUCAGCCGCCAGCAGGUUUUGUCGAUCGCUUAUUGGUGGAAUAAGUAAAAGUCCUGAAAUGAAUCGUAUACCUGGCGUUUAUGAACUUACUAUCAAGGAAACUCUCGACAAAGGUAGUCCAGGAGCCGCACGGCGGCAACGACGCGUAUUGGAUACUUCAUCAGCGUACGUUCGAGGUGAGGAGAAUCUUGGAUUAUGGCGUCCACGUGGUGAUUCACUUAUAUUCGAGCAUCAAUGGGAACUGGAAAGAUUGACACGAUUGCAACAAGUAGAACGUGUUCGCCUAUUUCUUCGUCUUCGAAAUAAAUUGAAAUCAGAGAAGAAGAAUGUAGGAGAAAAUGAUAUUAAAACACCGCUUUCUCCGACAACACCAAAAUAUCCGAUUCCGACAAUAAUCAAGUUAACAGAGAAGGAAGCAGGUAUUGCGCAAAAAGUACUUCGUCUAAUCAAACAAAGAAUACCAAUAAAUAAAGAGCCACCUACUGGAAAGAUAAUGGAUCAGAGCGAUCAAACGUCAUCUUCACUCGGAGAAAGUGUCACAAGUCCCACUACUGAUAAGAAUUUAUUAGUUAAUUCGUCACUGUCGUCUGAGCUUUUAAAUAAAUUGAAAUCGAAAUCAAAUCAAAAUCUGGUACUUAGUUCUAAUGAGGCGAAUAACGGCAUACAUCGAUCGAUGAGCGGAAGUCGAAUUUCACAAAUGUCUUUGCUUGUUCCUGAGGUAACAGAAGAGCGUGUGGGAAUUGUUGUUUCCAAGAAAGGUUACAUGAAUUUCCUGGAAGAAAAGACGCAAGGUUGGGUGAAGCGAUGGGUGGUUGUUAGGAGGCCAUAUAUUCUACUGUUUCGUGAUGACAGAGAUUUGGUAAUUCGCGGUAUAAUAAAUCUGGCAAAUGCACGAGUGGAAUAUUCGGAAGAUCAGCAAGCAAUGCUUAAGGUACCGAAUACCUUUUCAGUGUGCACAAAUCACCGUGGUUUCUUAAUGCAAACUGUAGACGAUCAAAUGUAUGAUUGGCUCUAUGCUAUCAAUCCAUUGUUGGCAGGUGAAUUGCGAUCCAAGAAGGGAUCAUUGGAUAUCCCUCUAUGA